UGUCGGAUUUCAUUGUAUUUAUAAUUGAGCUCGAUCGAUCAGUAGCAUUAACUUACAACUGGGAGUGCGUCCAACACUAAGCUAUAAAUAUCGUUCAAAUGUCUGCAAUUAGGACUAGAAGCUUAUCAGUGGGGAGAGAGGCUAAUCGUUUGUCCGGAGUCAGCGACAUUAGCCGAUCCGAUGCACAAUCCAACAGUCUAUCCGAGGACGAACUGGAGCCCGGAAAUGAAGCGAAACCGGCUGCAGAUGUCACCAUCUAUAACUUCUAUAAUAUGGGCCCGGCAUUUGGCAAAAAGUUCCCGUUGCCCUACAUUCGCUUCAUGAUAGCCCAAGUGGUCAAGGAAAAGUUGGGCAAUAAGAACUACAAUCAAACGGACGCCCUAAAGUGGACCCGGGAUGUUGCCGACGAGAUCAACCUGAAGAUGAAGGGCCGUGGAUCCAAUCCGAGAUUCAAGCACGUGGUCAACGUAGUGCUAUAUCAGCAAACCGGAGCUGGAUGUUUCUACGGAGCCCGAGCCAUUUGGGAUGAGCUAUCGGAUGACUAUGAGCGAUAUACCUACGAUGGCGGCAGUUUUAUUUGCAUCGCCACUGUUUUUGGUUGCUAUCAAUAUUAAAUGAUUGAAAAGUAUUAAACAAACUUGGAAAUUGUUCAGUAUUAUGUUACGGUCAAAACUUGAAUAAACAAGAAGUGGUGCUUCAUUUCGGCAAGCAUAAAAUAA